AUGAACGCGUCAAACGAUGGCUCCGAGUCCGUGGACGAGUUCCUGGCUCGGAUCGCCAGUCUGAAUUCGCGACAAGGCCAGGAAGAGGCAGAACGAUCGAAACGAAUGGAGGAGGAGAUGAUGCAAGCUAGAAAAGAAAGACAAGCAAGAAGAGCGGAGCGUGCUCGUUCUUUGUCUCCUUCAAAGACUGGUCCCACGCCAUCUUUGCGGCUUGCUGGCGACACUGCAGCCAAACUUGGCUCUGGUAUCGAUCCGCCAGUCGCUCUCACACCUCCGUCCCAAUCACGAACGCUUGGUCGAGCCGGGUCAAUGUCUCCCAAGGGAGAUCGCACGCCAAUUGCGUCCGUUGAUUUCUCUCGGUCCCUUCCACGUCCGCCGUCUGAUAUGCAGUCAAUGCCGAGCCCCCCUGCCAAUGCGACUACUCUAUCGCGGAGCGGAACGUUAUCAUGGCAGCAACGGCCAUUGUCGAGAGGCACUGGUUCAUUCAGGUCAAGACCGCAAUCAAUCGCGUCCCUUGCCGAUGUUAGUCCAAAUCCACGACCAGAGCAAGCAAAGCUCUCCGCCGAGAUAUCUAGACAAGAAAUUGCGGCUUCUCUCGGUGCUAAAGAUCCAUCCUGGUUCCGCCAGACCGCAGACCGAGGCCUGAGUUCGGCGGCUUAUCGGAAGAAUGAGAGCGACGCCGACGAAGUUGCAUCGUUCUCCAACCGGAGCAUGAGACUGCCCGGCAUGUCGAGAGAUUUCAACAAUGUCAACGAGCGUCCUAUGGCGGAGCCACAAUCAUCUACUCCAUCUGCUUCACCCCAGAAACAAGCAUCCACGCCGACGCUAGAUCAUCAUCAAACACCUGUUCUAGAGCCCACUCGCCCCAGCAGACCUGCCUCCAUGGCGGCUUCUUCCCCAACGAGAUCUCCAGUACUGGAAUUGCCCACCUUCAAGCCUCUGGAACUUACCAUAGUACAAGAUUCUGACGAGUCGGGCGUUGGGCGCACACCAAGUGUGCUCUCAUCGACUGCGCGGCCAGCUUCUCCCACCAAGGGCCUUGGUGGCUUUGUCCAAAGCGCAAUGAUGAAGAGAUCUGACAGCGUCAAUAAGAGAUGGAGUGUACAGGCAAACGCUGGUUUGAAGCGUGGAGAUUCCAUCGCCAGUGCUAGACCCGUUAAUCUGUCCAGCUUCAGCCCGAGCCACAGUCGAAACUCCUCCAAGGAUGCAAGGGGGCUCACUGAGGGUAAUUCUUCGCCGUUGUCAAAUUCAAGACCGGUUUCAAGCCAUGACUUGGAUCCCGUGUCUUCCGUAAGAGGCCGAUCGCUUCUACAAUCAAAUGGCAAAGAGGCUGAAUCAUACUCUCCGCCUUCCAAGCCCGUCGAGCCCUCGGAACCGACAUCGCCGAAGGCUAAAGAACCUCAGACCACAUCACCACCCCCCGAAUCACCACUGGGCCGAAGUCCUUCCAAAACCAUGGAUCCUCGCCGCUGGAGCCCAACAAAGGCCAGCUGGCUCGAGAGUGCCCUGAAUAAACCAGACUCUCCACGAUUCACGCCAGCCAAACCGGAAAUACCAGCCUGGAAGCUGAACAUGCAACGGUCAAAGCUAGAGCAGCAAUCCCAGACAACAGUAGCAACGUCUCAAAUAGGACCCGGGCCUAAAGCUGCAGCUGAUCAAUUAAAAUCCCCAUCCACUAGGCCAGCAUCGCCACUUAAAAGCCUUACCGGAAAACAUCCAGGUCCUGACUCAGCACCACGGAGUGAGGGCUUGGACAAAAGCCUAGAAGCAUCGUCGAAAACCUCGGACAAGCCUCCAUCUGUAUCGACCACAGACGCCAAUGCCGAGAGAAAGGAUGCAAAGCCUGUUGUGCCGUCUAAGAGAAACGUAACACCGGUGCUAGCAGCGAUAUCUUCCGCGAAAGAGGGGGAAGACCCUACACUGAAACAGGACCAGGCAGAAAAACCAGAGCGCAAUACCGACGUCGAGAUUCCUGAUAAGAUUGAGCAAAAAUCGAUCGCCAAAACGCUUCCCCUCAAACCCAAGCCGCAGACUCCUCCCAAAAUGGAUUUCCGAAGCAACUUGAAGCCACGUGAAGCUACUCCGGGAGGCAGUAGCGAUGCCGAACCGGAGUUCAAGGCAAUAUUCGGGAAACUCAAGCGUGCUCAAACUCAGAAUUAUGUUGCCCCUGACUUACUCAAGGAUAACAUUGCGAGGGGGAAGGCCGCACUCAACGUUACCGGAGGGCCACAGAAGACGAAGCGGGUCGAUGAAUUCAAAGAGAGUAUUCUUCAGAAGAAGGAGGCCAUGAAGGCAGGUGGAGGUUCGUCAGGGCAGCGACCUUUGUCAGGCGCUUCAUUGGACACGUCAACGGAUACUAUACCGGAAGCGUUGGCUCGCAGAAAGACAUUGCACCGAACUGCCGCUUCUGCAGAAAAGGUCGACAUAACGAAAGCAUUUGAUUCGCCUGACAAAGCGACGACAGUAGCCCUUACUCCCAGAGACGGCUCUGACAAGCCCCCAGCGCCGAGGAACAAGCCGUCUGUAUCUUCUCAGGUCACCAGCGGGUUACUAUCGAAAUCCAAAGAUGCUCCAGCCCAGACAGCUAAUUUACAAGGGGUAGCAGCGACGCAUGUCAAGGAAACCCCAUCAUCGAAUCCGAAGCAGCAGCAAACGCCAGCCACAAAUGCCAAAAAGCAUUCUGAGACUUUCAAUGCUGGGCCAGUUACUUCAGACAAAGCAAAGGUGCCAGAAAACAGCAAAAUUGCAGCACGAAUAAACCCUGCACUUGCUGGUCUAUUAUCUCGCAGUGGAAGUCCUAGGGUGCCAGGAGAGCAAUCAUCACAAAAUGGCAUAGGGAUGCAAGUGUCCUCGGGCGAGCGAAGCUCAAGCGACAGCGCAUCAAACAGUGCCCAGGAAUUGACGCAUAUGACAAAGGGUCGAGCAAGAGGCCCAAAGAGGAGAAUUCCAAAGUCUGGUCCGCCCAAGGUAGUUGCACCGUUGACGAAGGAAGCGACCACAGAGCGCUCGAAUACAUUGACGGCGAGUGACUCCUCUCUAACAGGCGCGCAAAUGAAGCCCUCCGAUCUACAAUCACUACCACCCUUGAGUCCCAGGCUUCAGUCAACGCAGCCGAGAUCCAAGGAUGGGCCUCCGGAAAAUUCUGCACAUCCUCUAAAGAAGCCAGUUGCAGAACUAUUUCAAAAACCGGCUCCUGCAGGAGCAAAACCUAGAGUCAUCCAUCAAUUGGAUGGUGCUUUCUCAAACGCUCAGGCGUCAGCACCGGAGUCGACGUCAAAACCUCGGCCAGCCGUGGCUAACAAAUCUGCAGAAGUUCGGAAAGUGUCACAAACAGCCAAUCCUCCCAAUAGUCUCGGCGGGCAUGUUCCUUCGAAACCAGCCACUCCUAAAAAGUUUGACGUUCUUAAUGAUCGAUCUCAUCCUGCAACUCCACCUCUUGAGUCCCGUGGUGACAAGCCAAGCGGCCCGGCUUCCGCACUACCUUCAGCCAUGCCUUUAACCCCAAGCAAAUCAAAACUCAACACACCAAAAGCCGCCAAGACUCCUGCUGAAGCCGUGGUCAAACCAGCUAUGACGACUCCUAAAAACAAUGGACUAGGAGUGCAAUUGGGAGCUUCAACGAAGAAAGUAGUUGGCACACCAAUGCUGACACCGCCACCGGAGACGGAAGUUGCAUCGGCUCGGUUGCUUGCUUCGCCUCGCAAGACAUCAUCGCCGUCAAAGUCGUCAUCCACAGUCAAACCUCGACUCGAGGAGUUCUUCGGUGUUCUGCCUUCAGCACGCGACAAGGCAGAUUUCAAUACCGAGGCCUUCCUGUCAUCACAAUACUCAAGUCCCGAUAAACCGAGAACCAUUUCCAAUCAGAUAUGGGAGGUGACUGGUGAUGGCAAGAGAACCCCAAUGCCACCUCAACAGGAGCAUAUUUUGUUUGAAGACUGCAUGUAUCUGUCAGUACAUUGCAUGGAGUCUCCCAACGGCUCCAAAGUAAAUGACGUCUAUCUCUGGUGUGGAGAUGAAGUACCCGAAGCCAGCGUUGAAGAUGCGCAACUGUUCUGUAGAAAAGUUGCGCGUGACAACAGUGCUAAGCUGCAAGUUGUGAAGCAGGGCAAAGAGAGCUCCGAGUUCUUCCAGGCAUUGGGUGGCAUUGUCAUCAUUCGCAGGAACAAGACUUCGGCGCUGUAUAUGCUCUGCGGCAGGCCACAUCUUGGGCACGUCGCCUUUGAUGAGGUGGACCUUGCGACGUCUAGUCUAUGCUCAGGGUUUCCUUUCCUGAUCUCUGCCAAAUUUGGGAAACUAUACCUUUGGAAAGGUCUCGGGUCAAAUCAACAAGAUGUCGGGUGCGCGAGACUUAUCGGCAUGGACCUAGGGCUGACCGGCGAAAUUGAAGAGGUUGAAGAAGGGCAAGAACCCACAGGUUUCUGGGACGCGUUCCCGACCAACUCCCCAAGACGGACAGGUUCCGGCUCCAGCUCCACAGGACGUGCUGCUCCUGCAGAGGUGAAGACUCGCCAACCGAGACUAUAUCGAGUUGACUACGAUCGACCGAAGUCAUCAGGCGGCUUCUGGGGUCUCCGUCCGGCUUCGCCUCCAAAGCAGUCCAACGUGGCUGUGCUGGAAGAGGUAGUCCCCUUCACGCAGCAAGACCUAGAAUCCGGUCAUAUUCACCUACUCGACAUGUACCAGGAACUUUAUGUGCUAGUUGGUGCUAUGGCCAGAAAGCCAGCAGAAUUUGUGACUGCGGUUCAGGUAGCAGAGGAGAUGGCCGUGCUUGCACCGUCAAUCCAAGACCGGCCCGUCCUACCGACCUGCCACGUGGUCAUGGGCGAUCCUCCUCAGAACGUCAAGAACAUUUUCCGAAAAUGGCGGACACCUCGAACGGCAGGCCCAAGUGAAUCCUUGUGUGUACCGGUAGCAGAUGUACUGCAAGACCUUGGUAUUACACUGUAA